GUCAGUUCGAGCUGAGAUCCGGAGCUGCUCUGCCGGGGAGGCGGGUGACAGUCUCCGCCUUCUCUCCCGGUUCGCUGGAGCUGCGGCAGGGGCUGGCGCUGACCGAACGCCUCGCGGUUGGUCUCCGAUGCCCUUCGGCGAGGAGGGGGCGUCUGGACCCUGGUGAGCGCACCCGGAGCUCCCACGACUCGGUGUCUUCACCCGCCCCUCGGGCCCGCACGCCCGUGUGUCUGCCAUGGCUGAGAAUGCAGAUGGUGACCUGAACUCCAACCUGCUCCACGCCCCCUACCACACCGGGGACCCCGAGCUAGACACCGCCAUCGGGCAGUGGCUGCGGUGGGACAAGAAUCCCAAAACGAAAGAGCAGAUUGAAAAUCUCUUGCGGAAUGGGAUGAACAAGGAACUGCGUGACCGUCUUUGUUGCCGGAUGACUUUUGGGACGGCAGGACUUCGAUCUGCCAUGGGGGCAGGGUUUUGCUACAUUAAUGACCUUACAGUAAUACAGUCAACGCAGGGGAUGUACAAAUACCUGGAGAGGUGUUUUUCAGACUUCAAGCAGCGAGGCUUUGUUGUUGGGUAUGACACUCGGGGUCAAGUAACCAGCAGCUGCAGCAGCCAGAGGCUUGCUAAACUCACUGCUGCAGUGUUGCUUGCUAAAGAUGUUCCUGUUUACCUUUUCUCGAGAUACGUUCCUACACCUUUCGUACCAUAUGCAGUCCAGGAGCUCAAAGCAGUUGCAGGUGUGAUGAUUACUGCAUCUCACAAUCGUAAAGAGGACAAUGGAUAUAAGGUGUAUUGGGAAACUGGCGCUCAGAUCACAUCUCCUCAUGAUAAGGAAAUUCUGAAGUGUAUAGAAGAGUGUGUGGAACCAUGGAAUGGUUCCUGGAAUGAUAAUUUAGUGGACACCAGCCCUCUGAAGAAAGAUCCUCUCCAGGACAUCUGCAAGAGAUACAUGGAAGAUCUGAAAAAGAUCUGUUUUUACAGGGACUUAAAUUCAAAGACCACCUUGAAAUUUGUGCAUACCUCCUUUCACGGAGUUGGGCAUGACUAUGUGCAGUUGGCUUUUCAAGUAUUCGGUUUUAAGCCUCCAAUUCCGGUCCCAGAACAGAAAGAUCCAGAUCCAGAGUUCUCUACUGUUAAAUGCCCAAACCCUGAAGAAGGAGAAUCUGUGCUGGAACUCUCCCUAAGACUGGCAGAGAAAGAAAAUGCCCGGAUAGUGCUAGCCACAGAUCCUGAUGCAGACCGACUGGCAGUAGCGGAACUUCAGGAGAAUGGUCGCUGGAAAGUUUUCACAGGGAAUGAGUUGGCAGCUUUGUUUGGGUGGUGGAUGUUUGAUUGCUGGAAGAAGAGCAAAUUGGACGCUGAUGUGAAGAAUGUUUACAUGCUAGCCACCACUGUCUCUUCUAAAAUUCUGAAGGCACUUGCACUAAAAGAAGGAUUCCACUUUGAGGAAACAUUACCAGGCUUUAAGUGGAUUGGAAGUAGGAUAAAAGACCUCGUAGGACACGGGAAAGAAGUCCUUUUUGCAUUUGAAGAGUCUAUUGGCUUUCUGUGUGGAACCUCAGUGCUGGAUAAAGAUGGGGUGAGCGCAGCUGUGGUUGUUGCCGAGAUGGCCUCUUUCCUGGAAACCAGGAAGGUAACCCUGACAGAGCAGCUGGCCAAAGUUUAUGAAAAAUACGGUUAUCACAUGUCCAAAACUUCAUAUUUCUUGUGUUAUGACCCACCUACCAUCAAAACUAUAUUUGAAAGGAUUCGCAAUUUUGAGUCUCCAGGGGAGUACCCAAAGUUCUGUGGGACCUUUGCUAUCUUGCACGUACGAGACAUAACCACUGGAUAUGACAGCAGCCAGCCCAGUAAGAAGUCAGUACUGCCUGUGAGUAAAAACAGCCAAAUGAUCACAUUUACUUUUCAAAAUGGCUGUGUUGCCACUCUUCGAACAAGUGGGACAGAACCAAAGAUAAAGUAUUAUGCAGAGAUGUGUGCAUCACCUGGCCAGAGUGACACUGCCUUACUGGAAGAAGAAUUAAAGAAGCUCAUUGACGCUCUGAUAGAGAAUUUUCUUGAGCCUAGUAAGAACGGCCUGAUCUGGCGUUCUGUAUAGGGCACCUCAGAACAUUACGACUUUGCACUGACGUGGAACGAAGAACUCUAGUGAAACUUGUGUUGGAAUUCUCUCAUCUGCCAAGUUAUCUUUCCCCUUCUCUUUCCUUUGUUCAGCUGGCUAAAUAGAUUAUAUACAUUUGAAAUUCUUAAAUGACAGCCAUUACGUUGAAAGUGUUCAGUGGCCCUCCAUUCCUCCUGUAUCACACAGUACAAAAGUGAGUUUUCUUAUUAAACUGUGGUUAAGCUUAGUUAUAUGAUGUAAUUGUGUAUAGCAUGGUUUAAGAGAAACAUUAUGUAAUAUAGGGUUAGUUAAGGAAUUAUCUCUUUAAGGUGUGUGUGCUGCUGGGGUGUCCACACCCAUUGUGGAAAAGCAUCAUUGUCAUGAUGUAGGUAUUGACUUUCAAGUUAGAAACCCUGCUUGGUGGCACAUUCCUGUAAUUACAGCCCUCAGGAGGCUGAGGCAGGAGGAUCAUUAGUUUAUGGCCAGCCUAGG